AUGGAGCGAGAGCCUUGCGCCAAGGCGAUCACGGACAAGUACUACUGGUCACAGUCCUUGCAAGAAGUGACCAUGGAGGUUGAGGUUGGUGAUUGCAAGGCAAGGAGUGCCAAGACAACGACACAUACACAGCUUCGGGACCGCUGGACGAACAACCAUGCCAUUCCCGAGGGUGAAGGUGGAGAUCACAGCUACCAGGCGGGGCGGGCGGCUGCUGCGUAUCGCUCGGGCUGUCUGAAGACCUGCAGGCUGACCGUAAAGCGAGGUGAAGAGACGCAAUUGAUGGGGAAGCUGCAUGAGAAAGUUUUGCCCGAGGAGCUGUUGGCUGUGAUCAUCUCCUUGCAGAAGUCAAGAGAGAACUGGUGGAAAUGUGUCCUUGAGGGUGAUCCGGAAAUUGACACAACGAAAGUUGAGUCCACGAGGAAGAUGGAAGAAUACGAUGGCGAAACGCAGGGCGCCAUCAGGAAGAUCAUGUUUGAUCAGAAUCAGAAGCUGCAGGGAAAGCCCAGUUCUGAUCAAAUUCGGACUGCCGAGAUGAUGAAGGAUGCCUGGAAUGCACCUGGCUCACCCUUCGCUGGAACAGAGUUCGAUCCAACGCUCUUGAACUUGUCGGGGCCAGUUGGUGAAGACUUCUUUAAGGCCAUGGAGGACAAGCGAAUUGAAGGAGCUCGACAGCGGCUCCAGCCCGCCACACACCCAGCAUCUCAUUGCUUCAAACGACAGGUUUCCAGAUCAACAGCUUUCCCAGUGUCGCUGUCACUUCAGGCGAGCUCCUCUGCGCAGCAGUGA